AUGGAGCGAAUACCAGCCAGGCAGCGUGAAACUGCCAAAAUCCAGGCCGAGAUGAAGGCCUUCGUUCGCGAAAUGGUCCGUGACAUGGUUCACGUUGCAUGCUUCAUCAGCGAUCCAGAAGCUGUGACGUGCGUCAUCGCACCAGACGGAUCUUUGCGGACGUUGAAGCACUUCGUGAUCGAGCUCAAAGGCUCCGUGCGGCGCAUAGCCCUGUCAGAGCUCACGGAGGAGACACCACUUGACGAGCUCUGCGCCACCUUGUCGGGGGAGUGCAUCUCGUUCUCCUUUGAAGAUAUCUCGCCAGGUGUAAAGUGCUUGGACUCCAAAGUCCUCUCAGACCCCAGGUCUCGAGAACGUUUCGCCAUGUGCCUCCAGAUACUGGUGGAUGGUCAACAGUGA